UACAGUAAAAGUAAAAAGGAAGUCUUACAAAGUUAUAGCAUUUUUAAUAUGAGACUUGAUAUACAGGAGAAAAUCAUACAAGCUCUCUUUGAUUUCUUUUUAAAAUUCCUUAACCAUGAUAGUUCCGACAAAGUAAAAGUCGUAUUAAUUCAAAUGCGAGUUGAAACGCGACUCACGAUAUUACUUAAAUCGGCAAAACAAACCAGUGAUCCUUUCUUUGACGAAUGUUAA